AUGGUGAUGAAGGCGAGGUUCUUGGCGGCGUCGCUCGCGGUGGCGGCGACGUGCGUAUGUCUGGCGGCGGCGGCGGCCUCCGCCUUCGACGUGCCGACCAUGGCCUUCGAGGAAGGGUUCUCGCCGCUGUUCGGGGACGGCAACCUCGUCCGCGCGCGGGAUGACAGGGCCGCCCGCCUCCUGCUCGAUCGCCGCUCCGGUUCGGGAUUCAUCUCCUCGGAUUACUACCUGCACGGCUUCUUCGGCGCGUCCAUCAAGCUGCCCAGAGACUACACGGCCGGCGUCGUCGUCGCCUUCUACCUGUCGAACGGGGACGUGUACGAGAAGACGCACGACGAGCUGGACUUCGAGUUCCUGGGCAGCCGGUGGGGCGGGCAGUGGCGGGUGCAGACCAACGUCUACGGCAACGGCAGCACCAGCCGCGGCCGGGAGGAGCGCUACCUCCUCCCCUUCGACCCCACCCUCGAGGCCCACCGCUACUCCAUCCUCUGGGCCCCCACCCACAUCAUAUUCUACGUGGACGACACGCCGAUCCGCGAGGUGGUCCGGCACCCCGGCAUGGGCGGGGACUUCCCGGCCAAGCCCAUGGCGGUGUACGCCACCAUCUGGGACGGCUCAGCCUGGGCCACGGAGGGCGGCAAGUACAAGGUGAACUACAAGUACGCGCCCUUCGCCUCCGAUUUCUCCGACCUGUCCCUCCGAGGAUGCCGCGUCGCCGACCCGGCGGCGCUGCGCCUCAGGAGCGACGCCGCCGGCGGGUACGACCUCCUGGGCCUCAUGACGGCCGACUACGCGGUCAUGACCCCGCAGAAGCGCGCCGCCAUGCGCGCGUUCCGGGCGCGCCAGAUGACCUACACCGUGUGCUACGACGCGGCGCGGUACGCGGCCGGCCCGUUCCCGGAGUGCGACAACUCGGACGAGGAGAGGGGCACGUUCUGGGCGUGGGGCGAGUCCAAGACCGUGGUCAUGAAGACGCGCGGCCGCGGGCGCCGCGGCCGGGGGAGCAGGGCCGGCGCCGGAGCAAGGGGACGCGCCGGCGCGGCAAGCUGCUGA